AUGACAACGCAACCGUCCACUAAAUUAGGAGACGCAGCCAAAUACAACUUAGUCGUCGCGAAAUUAGGCAAAGACGUAAUACAACAAGUCACCGAUAUCCUUAUAGCACCGCCGGAAGAACAACGUUACGACAAACUCAAAGAAAAACUGCUGGCAAUUUAUGAGGAGUCGGAAAACCGACAAAUUCAAAAACUAAUGGGAGAAAUGGAACUAGGUGACCAACGGCCGAGUCACCUACUGAGAAAAAUGCAAGACCUGGCAAGAAAUAAAAUCAACGACGAAACACUUAGCGUACUGUGGCAGAACCUCCUCCCCGUAGCUGUAAGGGGCGUACUCGCUGCAACGGAUACAAAUGAUUUGGCGAGAUUAGCGAAAAUAGCAGACAAAGUCAUGGAGAACAUGCGACCACAACCGCUUGCUGAAAUAGCAACAAAAUCAACCAACUCCGACAAUACAGCAAUAUUGGCUGAAAUAGCCAAGCUGACCGACAGGGUCGAACAACUCAGCAGACACAGAUCCGAGUCACGUGACAGAGGUUUUCAUGGAGGAUUUCGCGGCGGAUUUCGCGGCGGACCUCGCGGCGGGUUUCGCGGAAGAUACCGCGGACGCUCACAUUCACGCAGACGAGACAGUACAACUUCGGAUCCGGACAACCCCAGCCAGUUAUGUUGGUAUCACGAACAGUUCAAGAGCAGAGCCAACAAAUGUAGCCAACCUUGCAAUUGGAAAAAACCGUCGGAAAACUAA